UCAAGGCCACCCCCCUUUUACAUCCACGUGGCUUUAUAGCAAUUACCCAGAUAUCUCUGAUAUCUACCGGUACUUCAUCCUUCAAAAUGGGAAAAGACAUUAUUAUUAUGAGGUUCAAGUACACCAGCAGCUUGCCAUAUGCUGAGCUACCCUUCAAGUUCAAGGGGUAUUUCAAUAACACAUACCCUGGAACGUGUGAGGUGCUGUUCACCUUCCCUGACAUCAUUGAUGGGGACACACCCACAAACACACCCUGUGUAUUCGUGGUCCAGUUCAGCCUCGCAUCCACCGCUAACAGAGUGAAGCAAAAGUACCACUGUCGACAACUCUUCGAAGUCCGUCUACGAAACUGUUGGCUGGAACACUCUCAAAUGUUUGAAUUAGACAUCAAUGAAGAUGACAUUCGUUUGAGGAAACGCCACCCCAUCACAAGCACACCCCCUCGGGAUAAUAGCCACGCUAAUCAUAGCAAACCCUGGAGACUCUCGCCCACUCCACCUCGCACACAUAGCACACCGUCUCCUGAAAGGGAGCGCGGGAGAAGACCAAGGAGGAAGCUACCGAGUGAUCGGAGCAAUGAGCGCAUAGUAAGGGAGAGCAGUAACCAUGACGAGCGAAUACGGAAGCCCUCGGACUCUGGGGCAGAGUCAGGUCACUCAGCAAGAAGGGAUGGUGGGAGAGAUUCUAGGGAUGGUGGGAGAGAUUCUAGGGAUGGUGGGAGAGAUUCAUCAUUGAGUGGACGAGACUCCAAGUCCAGCCACAGAGAACCCAUCAGCGGUGGUAGGAGUCACAGUCCCCUCUCACGAUUAACAGACAGAGGGCCCACCAGUCGACCGAGAACUAUACAGAUUAGAUCUGAUCCAAAACCGACGGAACACAUUGAAAUUAAACCUGAGAAUAAUAUAUCUGAGCUAACGGAUAACACUCCGAGUCCGCUAACCACGCCCAUACAGGAAGCAAGUCCUGAUCCACAGCAGGGGCGGGUAUAUCGUGACGAAACCCCACCCCCUGAAAUGAUUGAGGUGUUACAAUAUUUGCAGAACAAUCCCGAAGCUUGGCGUUAUUGGUAUUAUAACACAUACCGUCAAGGUCAACAAGGUCAGCAAGGUCAAUUGAUGACAGAGGGUCAAAGUCACAUGACAAUGGAACAAGAUCACAUGAUACGCCCUGAUAAUCACAUGACCGUGCAGCAACCACCGACACCGAAUGCUAGUGCAUUUACUCAGAUUCCUACAACGAACUAUCCCUCACAUCCCCACCCACCACACUGGCCUCACACCUCACACUUGCAACAACACCCACUCGUAUCACAGACGCCUCAACCUCUGUUUUCUCUCCCCACACAACCCACACACACAUCACAACACUCACACCCCCUCAUUGUACAACCACACCCACUCGUAUCACAGACACCUCAACCUCUGUUUUCUCUCCCCACACAACCCAUGCACAUAUCACAAUACUCACACCCCCUCAUUGUACAACCAAACCCUCCCACUUCUCACCAAUGGCCUUCACACAGCGGGGAUAUCCCCUCCUCCGCCCACCUCCCCCAAACAGACAGUCAAUUUACUCCAAUACCAUCAUCACAAAGCGCUGUAUUUGACAGCAAUCAAAUAUUGCGAGAAUCUCCUGUUAACAAUAAUUUGGAUCCUGUUGAAGAACUGAAUGUCAGCUUUCAACUAAAGCACUGGCUUGCCGGACCAAGUGGUGCUGGUACUGCCAGGUCCCUUGAGGUGACAUCCUUUGAUGUUAGACCCCCCACGAAUAUACAGGGACCCCCAGCUGACAGGACACCACCUGCUGCGUUCAUCAAUGAUGACGUUUUGGGCAAUGCGGUUUCUAUCUCAGAAAUGUUGAAUUGUGCUCGUAAACGUAGCACCAUACAAUCCCCUUCCCUGGAACUACCCGCCAUGUCUUCCCCCGCGUCACAUGAUCCUGAAACCACGCCCACUGAGACCACACCCGUUAAAGAGACUACGAAAUGUUCCUUUGCUGUGCAGACGGAAUUGCCUGUGCAGCCAAAGAGGCCAAAGGUCACUCAACCCCUGCGAGAAGUGGAUCCGAAGCAUCACGAGCUACGAAAGACAAUACUUCAGGAUUACAAAGAGCAGAUGAACACUAUUUCAAUUGUUCACGAAGGAAUGAUAAAGGCGGACCCCUCAAUGAAGGCCCUAGUGCUGGACAGCCUGAGGAGAAUGUUGAGUGACGCUCGAGAUAGAACUGUCUCCAAGUUUUGGGAACAAGUGGACAAGACGGAGGCUGCAAGUACCGUUGUGAAGGACUGAGACAAUGAUUAAUAAUAACCGAUGAUCCAUAUUUUUUGUAUAUUUAUACUGUUUCUUAUCUGAUCACAAAAUUGUAAAACGUUUGUACA